CCCGCCCGCCCGCCGGCCGCCCGCCCGCCCGCCCGCCCGUCCGCGCGGACCUCCUCCCCGCCCAGCGCCGGCGAGCGGCGGCGGCGGCGGGCUGAGGAGGAAAGAUGGCGGCGGGCUCGGAUCUGCUGGACGAGGUCUUCUUCAACAGCGAGGUGGACGAGAAAGUGGUGAGCGACCUGGUGGGCUCGCUCGAGUCGCAGCUGGCGGCCAGCGCGGCCCACCACCACCACCUCGCGCCCCGCGCGCCCGAGGCGCGGGCCGCGGCCGCCGGCGCGCUCGGGAACCAUGUCGGAGCCGCAGCCGCGCCGGCCGAGGGCGCGCCCGCAGCGGCGCCGGAGCCGCCCCCCGCAGGUAGAGCGCGGCGCGGCCUGAGCGCGGGCGGGCGCCGGCCGGGCCCGCGUCCUCACCGCGCCGCCCCGCCUGUCCCCGCAGGGCCCGCCGCGAAGCUGAGCGCGCUCGAGGCCGGCGCGGGCGCGGCGGCGGCGGCGCCGGGGCCCGGGGCCUGCGCUCCGGGGGCCGCGGCCGCGCCCGAGCCCGCCGCCAAGCCCGCCCGUCCCGGCCCGCCCGGCGGCCCCGGCGCCGCGCAAACUUUGAAUGGGAGCGCCGCGCUGGGGAACUCGCUCCGCGCCGCCGCCGCACCUGCUGUCAGCCUGCUCCACAACGGGCCCGCGCCCGCGCCGCCGCAGCCCAAGCCCGCUGCCGCCACUGUCAUCCAGACGCCGCCCUUCCUCGGCGCCCCCGCCGCGCCCGCGCCCCGCGCCCCCUCGCCCCCCGCGCCCGCCGCGCCCGCCGCCGCCGCCGCCCCGCCGCCGCCGCCGCCGCCCGCCGCCGCCAGCCUGGCCCGGCCGCCCGGCCACCCGGCCGGACCCCCGGCGGCCGCGCAGAACGGGGGCAGCGCCGCGCCCGCUCCCGCGCCCGCCCCUGCCCCCGCGCCCGCGUCCGCCCCGGUCCCGGCGCCGGCGCCCGCCGCCAACAGUCAGCCCGGGUCCGCCGCCGCGCCCGCGCAGGGGCCCAAGGCCGACUCGCCCAAGACGGCGGUGCCGCCGGCGCCCCCGCCGCCGCAGACCCUGGCGGCCGGCGCGGGGGCCGGCAUGAUCCUCGGGCCAACUAUGCAAGGGGCGCUGCCCGCAGCCGCCGCCGCCGGACUCCCGCCGCCCGCGCCCGGCACCCCCACCGGGCUGCCCAAGGGUCCGGCGGGCGCCGCGACCCAGAGCCUGCCCCGGGCGCCCUCGGCCGCCGCCGGCGGGAUCCGCGCCACGCUGACGCCCACGGUCCUAGCCCCCCGCCUGCCGCAGCCGCCUCCGAACCCGACCAACAUCCAGAACUUCCAGCUGCCCCCAGGGAUGGUCCUUGUGCGGAGUGAGAACGGGCAGCUGCUGAUGAUCCCUCAGCAGGCCUUGGCCCAGAUGCAGGCCCAGGCCCACGUCCAGACCCAGCCUCAGACCACCAUGGCCCCCCGCCCUGCCACCCCCACAAGUGCCCCUCCUGUCCAGAUCUCCACCGUGCAGGCACCUGGGACCCCUAUUAUUGCACGGCAGGUGACCCCAACGACCAUAAUUAAGCAAGUGUCUCAGGCCCAGACGACGGUGCAGCCUGCCACGGCAGCACAGCGCUCGCCCGGCAUACAGCCUCAGCUUGUUCUGGGUGGUGCUGCCCAGACCUCCCUCGGGACGGCGACACCUCAGCGAACGGUCCCAGGGGCCACCACCUCCACAGCGGCCACGGAAACUAUGGAAAACGUGAAGAAAUGUAAAAAUUUUCUAUCUACGUUAAUAAAACUGGCUUCAUCUGGAAAACAGUCUACAGAGACAGCUGCUAAUGUGAAAGAGCUAGUGCAGAAUCUGCUGGAUGGAAAAAUCGAGGCAGAGGAUUUCACCAGUAGAUUAUACCGAGAACUUAAUUCUUCACCUCAACCUUACCUUGUGCCUUUCCUGAAGAGGAGCUUGCCCGCCUUGAGACAGCUGACCCCCGACUCGGCAGCCUUCAUCCACCAGAGCCAGCAGCAGCCACCACCCGCCUCCCAGGCCACCACUGCGCUCACAGCUGUGGUGCUGAGCAGCUCAGUCCAGCGCGCCGCGGGGAAGACGGCAGCCACCGUGACCAGCGCCCUGCAGCCCCCUGUCAUUAGCCUCGCACAGCCUGCACAGGUUGGCGUUGGCAAGCAGGGCCAGCCCACGCCGCUGGUCAUCCAGCAGCCGCCCAAGCCAGGGGCGCUGAUCCGCCCCCCGCAGGUGACGUUGACGCAGACGCCCAUGGUCGCCCUGCGGCAGCCUCACAGCCGCAUCGUGCUCACCGCGCCGCAGCAGAUUCAGCUGAACCAGCUGCAGCCAGUCCCCGUGGUGAAGCCCGCUGCGCUACCUGGAACCAAAGCCCUUUCCGCCGUCUCAGCCCAGGCAGCUGCUGUGCAGAAGAACAAGCUCAAGGAGCAGGGGGGAGGCUCGUUCCGGGACGACGAUGACAUUAACGAUGUCGCCUCGAUGGCGGGGGUAAACCUGUCAGAAGAAAGUGCGAGAAUAUUAGCCACAAACUCUGAGUUGGUGGGCACCCUGACACGGUCCUGUAAAGAUGAAACCUUCCUCCUCCCAGCGCCUUUGCAGAGAAGAAUACUAGAAAUAGGUAAAAAACACGGCAUAACGGAGCUCCAUCCAGAUGUAGUGAGUUAUGUGUCCCAUGCCACGCAACAGAGGCUACAGAACCUUGUAGAGAAAAUAUCAGAAACAGCUCAGCAGAAGAACUUCUCUUACAAGGAUGAUGACAGAUACGAGCAGGCAAGUGAUGUCCGGGCUCAGCUCAAAUUUUUUGAACAGCUUGAUCAAAUUGAAAAGCAGAGGAAAGAUGAGCAGGAAAGAGAAAUCUUAAUGCGAGCAGCAAAGUCUCGAUCCAGACAAGAAGAUCCAGAACAAUUAAGGUUGAAACAAAAGGCAAAAGAGAUGCAGCAGCAAGAACUGGCACAAAUGAGGCAACGCGAUGCCAACCUCACAGCCCUCGCCGCGAUCGGGCCCAGAAAGAAGAGGAAGGUGGACUCUCCGGGGCCAGGAUCAGGAACAGAGGGGUUGGGCCCCGGCUCAGCGGUCCCAGGCAGCUCCGGCGUCGGAACCCCCCGACAGUUCACGCGACAAAGGAUCACGCGGGUCAACCUCAGGGACCUCAUAUUUUGCUUAGAAAAUGAGCGUGAGACAAGCCAUUCACUGUUGCUCUACAAAGCAUUCCUUAAGUAGCACAGGCGCGGCAUCUUCGAUGGAGACGCCUGGGGACGUUUUUAUAUAUUUGCAGAUUACGCCUUUUUGUAACAAGCAAAUGGGAUAUUGUUUAAAAAACAGCCACCUCUUUACAAUGGAGCAGUUUUAUAUUCCUGUUUCUAAGUCACCUCUUCAGUGCGGAAGAAAACGCGUUUCUGUAACAGAGAACACAGGGGCCUGUGGGCACUCUUAAAGGACAAUUAAAUCUUAACUCAUCUUUGAUUGAGUGGCCUUCUUGCCAAACAAGCCAUAAUAUAAAAACUGAUGGAAUCGUUUAGCAAAUAAUUAGCUGCCCUCUGUCGCCCCCUAGCGGUUUCUAUAUUAUUUGCGCAUUUGGUUUAAGUUCAACCCAACUUACUUGCAUAGGUGUGUCUCUCCAGCAGUGACCUCAUUUCAUUUAUUUUAUUUUUGUAUUAGUCAGUUGGCAAAGCAAACUGAUUUUUUAGACUAUUUAUCUUUCUCCCUGUCCCCUGCCCUCCGUUCAGAGUUCUCGAGGGGCACACAGCUCGCCUCGGAGUUAAAUCACUUUUCUGCGGGGCCCUCCUGAAUGUCUGUCUCCAUCUGUACACGUGCAUUUUAUUUGCUGUAGUUUGUAAAGCUGUAAAGUUACAAGAAAUGAAAACCUUUUCAGCAUAAAUCUAUUUUACUUGCACUGUGUUUUUUAGCUAAAAGUGAAAACUUAGAUGAAAUAAAAUCAAAGUUGAGAAGAAUCAUCAAAAGACUGUUUCUCAGUGUGAAUCAAGUGUUGAAAAAUGGUUGGUGUAUUUUGUCAGUAAUUGUACAUAAUUUUUGGCACAUAACAUAAAAAUGGCUAUGUAAACUAUAAUUAUUUUGCUAAGAGACUGUAUGCAAGCUGUGGGCCAACUUUACAGAUGUCCAGAGCAAAGCCCCUUCUUUGUACCUAUUUUUUUAUUACAAAUAUACUAAUUGGUUCUUUAUAUUUUCAGAGGUUAUUGUAUUAAAUUGUCUAUUGAUAGUACUUUUACGACUGUAAAUAUCUGGCUCUCCCCGUGUGAGUUGCUCUUGUUAGACUCGAAUUCGGGUGAGUCAACUGAAUGCUGAGCAGUAUUUUUUAUCAACACCUGAAAACUGUUACACCUUUUAUUUUGUCUUUUAGGAAAUCCCUGUCUUUCCAUUUUUUCAUGUAAAUUUUGCACAGUUACUUGUUCAUAUGUAAAUAUUUUACUUUCAGAAAUAAAGUUUUUAAUUGCUAUUGUUUUAUAUAGGAUUGAAAGAAAAUUAACUCCUUUAUUAAAAACAAAUUUAUCUGUA